GGCGCCGGCGGCCGGCGACGGUGUGAGAGCGGUAAGAUGGCGGCCGCAGCGGUGGUGGAGUUCCAGAGAGCUCAGUCCCUACUCAGCACCGACCGGGAGGCCUCCAUCGACAUCCUCCACUCCAUCGUGAAACGUGACAUUCAAGAAAAUGAUGAGGAGGCAGUCCAGGUCAAAGAGCAGAGCAUCCUUGAACUGGGGUCUCUCCUGGCGAAGACUGGACAAGCUGCUGAGCUUGGAGGACUCCUGAAGUAUGUACGACCUUUCUUGAAUUCCAUCAGUAAGGCUAAAGCAGCUCGUCUGGUUCGAUCUCUUCUUGAUUUGUUUCUUGAUAUGGAAGCAGCUACAGGGCAGGAGGUCGAGCUAUGUUUAGAGUGCAUCGAAUGGGCCAAAUCAGAGAAAAGAACUUUCUUACGCCAAGCAUUGGAGGCAAGGUUGGUGUCUUUGUAUUUUGAUACUAAGAGGUACCAGGAAGCAUUGCAUCUGGGUUCUCAGCUGCUGCGGGAAUUGAAAAAGAUGGAUGAUAAAGCCCUUUUGGUGGAAGUACAGCUUUUAGAAAGCAAAACAUACCAUGCUUUGAGUAAUCUGCCGAAAGCCCGAGCUGCCUUAACCUCCGCUCGAACCACAGCCAAUGCCAUCUACUGCCCCCCUAAAUUGCAGGCCACUUUGGACAUGCAAUCAGGUAUUAUUCAUGCAGCAGAGGAGAAGGACUGGAAAACUGCUUACUCAUACUUCUAUGAGGCAUUUGAAGGCUAUGACUCCAUUGAUAGCCCCAAGGCCAUCACAUCUCUGAAGUACAUGUUAUUGUGCAAAAUCAUGCUCAACACCCCUGAAGAUGUCCAGGCUUUGGUGAGCGGAAAGCUUGCACUUCGGUAUGCAGGGAGGCAGACAGAAGCAUUGAAAUGUGUGGCUCAAGCUAGCAAAAACAGAUCACUGGCAGAUUUUGAAAAGGCCCUGACAGACUACCGGGCAGAGCUCCGGGAUGACCCAAUCAUCAGCACACAUUUGGCCAAGUUGUAUGAUAACUUACUGGAACAGAAUCUGAUCCGGGUCAUUGAACCUUUUUCCCGAGUACAGAUUGAACACAUAUCUAGUCUCAUCAAACUCUCCAAGGCCGACGUGGAAAGAAAAUUAUCACAGAUGAUUCUUGACAAGAAGUUUCACGGGAUUUUGGACCAGGGGGAGGGCGUUCUGAUCAUUUUCGAUGAACCCCCAGUAGAUAAAACUUACGAGGCUGCUUUGGAAACAAUUCAGAACAUGAGUAAAGUAGUGGACUCCCUCUACAACAAAGCCAAGAAGCUGACAUAGAGUUGGAUCUGUAGCGGUUCUUUGGAGAGUGUGUGUGGCGGGAGAGUGAACCCUUGGGGAAAUGCUAGGAGAUUCUUUUCUUUCUGUUGUACUUUUCGCUCGGAAAGUUUUUAACCCUCAUUGGUGCAUCUGUAUCCAGCGAUAGGCGGCCAGUUCUCAUGUAAUCAGCACUGGCCAACAUGGGAGUGGGAAAAUUGCUUAAAAAAAAAGAAAAAAGAAAAAAAAGAUUCUAAAUAAAAGGAAAAAGGCUUACACUACCUAAAGCUGUGCUCUCUGCCUCCUGGGAAGAGGGCCGCAAAGCCAGGCACCCCGCCAACCACUGGGGAUCCUCAUCCACCUGCUGGGCGCCACCUCUCCUCCUCUUCAGAAUUGGGUGUUUGCUGACCAUCAAAAGCAAUGACUUUUUAUUCUGUUUGUACUGAACCAAAACAAACAACUGUGUAUAGACUGCUGUUUUCUUUGUUAUUUGAAACGAGGCGUUGGUGUGCUCUCUCCCCUUCCCUCUCUGACUUUGGCUCCAGCAGACUACCUGAAAGGCCGGCUGUGGAGCCACUGCAAUACGGCUCUGCUCUGACCUGUGAAAGAAUGGGAACAAGUCCAGGAGCUAGUGUCCACUACGGCCACACGGGCGGGCACAGUGUGGGCCUCAGCCCUCAGGGUGCCUGCUGUGCACAUGGCUUUCUUUAACACAGUAACUAGAUUAGAUGGCAGUGUUUUAACCACCCCUCCUCCCCUCUUUGCUUUCCUUUCUUCUAUUUCCUUUCAGCCGGGAGACCAUAUCCUUUCUCUUUCCCCUCUAGAGGAGUUGGGUUGUCUGAACUCCAUCUGCUGCUUUCCCUCUCUACCCUUCUCUCCUGAUGUCAGAUGGAACUAUCCCUUUUCAAAACAGUAACAUCGGGAAUGAGGCUGGGUGGUUUUAAUUUAAAUUACAAAAAAAAAAAAAACCAACCCAAAACUUUGUUGGGUUUGAAGCACCCUCAUGCCCCCUUCCCAGACUGUCUUCCUCUGCCUCUUAAGAGUGUGAGCUGACGGGGUGGCGCUGUUUUAGCAUGCUUUGUUUCCGAUGCAGUUCCUUAGCAGGCUUUGAUGCCAUUUGGGCAGGUGAAUGCCUGCACCUUUGCUGUCCCCACCGUGCUGUGUCCUCUCAUCCACUCUGUCUUUUCUCUCUUCCUUCCUCCCCUGACUCCUUCCUGCUGGCCCCCUUUUCUCAGACUGUCCUUCCAGGUUUUGGUAAUAGAUCUCUAUUUUGUAAAAGGUUUUGUUGUACCAGGUUUUGCAUCUCCACUAAAUCUGACUGGCUUUCAUUUUCCUCUCAAAAUCAGGUUUUGUUCUCAGCCACCUUCUCCCCAUCAUGUCCAGUCACUGUUUUGGUUUUGGCACCAUCAAUAUCAAAUGUACAAACGGUUCUUGCUAACCAACACCAGGUAUAUCUGAUGUUCAGAUGAGUUCCAAUAAAAUAAUUUUUUUUCAAAA